AUGAGUCAACCUGAAGGACAGCAGAAUGAUGACGCUAAAAAUCUCUUCAAUUUAGGAACCAAGUAUGAGAGGGAGGGAGAUUAUGUCAAGGCAAUGGAAUGGUAUUUGAAAGCUGCUGAAAAAGGCCAUGCUGCUGCACAUUAUAAUAUUGCAGGAUUUUACCAUGAGGGGAUGGGUGUUAAACAAGAUUAUUCGAAAGCCAUGGAAUGGAACUUGAAAGCUGCUGAAAAGGGUGAUAAAUUUGCAUUGUUUAAUAUUGGAUACAUGUAUUCGAAUGGAGAAGGGGUUAAAAAAAAUUAUGCCAAGGCAAUGGAAUGGUAUUUAAAAGCUGAUGAACACAAUAGUGCAGAUGCACAACACAAUAUUGCCCAAUUUUAUUAUUAUGGACAAGGAGUUCAAAAAGAUAAUGCCAAAGCAAUGGAAUGGUAUUUGAAAUCGGCUGGAAAUGGAACUUCAGGUGUCAGCUCAGCUGCCAAAUAUAAUAUUGGAUCCAUGUAUGCUAAUGGAGAAGGAGUUCCCUGUGACAUGUCAAAAGCUUUUAGAUGGUUUUCUACGGCUGCUAAAGAAGGACAUGCAGGUGCACAAUGUGCUCUUGAAUAUUUAUUAGACAACUUUGAAGAUCUUGAUGAUGAGGAUGAAGAGGAAUUCGGUAUGGAAAACAUUUUGGAAUUAGCUCGUCAAGGAGAUGCCAAUGCUCAAUACGAAGUGGCAGAUUUAUUUCUCAAUGGUAUGCAGAGUGAAUAUCAAGCACUGGAAUGGUAUCUUAAAGCAGCUAAACAAGAUCAUGCACCAGCUCAAUACGAAGUUGGAAACUGUUAUUUCUUUGGACGUGGCACUAGCAAAGAUCUCUCUUCUGCUCUUGAAUGGUUUUUAAAAUCUGCAGAUCAAGAAUAUCCUAAAGCACUUUUAAUGAUGGGUUAUUUGUUUGAAAAUGGAGUUGAGGUUGAAAAGAACUUUGAAAAGGCGUUGGAAUACUAUAAGAAAGCAGCCGAAAAGGGGGAUAAUCAAGUAAAGUUUACCCUCGCCUUAAUGUAUUCAGAGGGUAAGGGAACAACUGCAAGUAUGAUGGAUUCACUUAAAUGGCUACUUGAUUCGUAUAAGGAAAGCAUGUUAAGCAAAAGUGUUGUUCAAUUUUUACAAUAUUUCAACUUGGUAACCGUAAGUGGAAUUGAGAAUAGAAAGGAUAAGAAAUUCAUUACUCAACUUUACGAUGAUUUUAUUUCAAAAUCAAUUUGUGAUGUGUGUGAAGAAGAUUGUGAGGGUUUUUAUUAUGCAACUGGUAGUGACAGAAAUUCUUUUGAUGUUUGUCAAAAGUGUUGGAAAAAGACUAAAAUAUUGAAAGAGUUUAAGGAUGAAAUUGGAGACAGAAAAUUUAAGGAAACUCAUUACCUUGCACAUUUCCUUCCGCUGAUUAUGUUUUGUAAGGAAAAAGAAGGAGUUUCUAAUAAGCAGUUGGACACAAUUAUUGCAGAAUUGAAAAAAUGUGUAAUGUAA